UAAUGAGGUCGCUCACUCGCCGCCUGUCCGCUCUGCUGCUCGCCCAGGAGGAACAGAAGGAAACCAGAAGCCAGCAUGUCGGACCAGUCGCAGUUUGACACGGACGUAUGGACCCUGACCCGGUUCGUCAUCGAGACCGGCCGCCAGGCUAAGGGGGCGACUGGCGAGCUGACCCAGCUCAUCAACGCCAUCCUGACCGCCAUCAAAGCCAUUUCUUCUGCUGUGCGCAAGGCAGGCCUGAACCACCUGCAGGGCUUGGCGGGCUCCGUGAACGUGACGGGGGACGAUGUGAAGAAGCUGGACGUUCUGUCUAACGACCUGGUGAUCAACAUGCUGCAGGCCUCCUACGGCACCUGCUGCAUGGUGUCUGAGGAGAACAAGGAGCUCAUCAUCACGCCCAAAGACAAGAGGGGGAAGUACGUGGUGUGUUUUGACCCUCUGGACGGAUCCAGUAACAUCGACUGCUUGGCUUCUAUCGGCACCAUAUUUGCCAUCUACAAACGGGUGUCGGAGGGGGAGCCCACAGAGAAAGACGCCCUGCAGCCGGGAAACAACAUCGUGUGUGCGGGCUACACUCUGUACGGCAGCGCCACCCUGGUGGCCCUCAGCACCGGAGCCGGCCUCAACUUCUUCAUGUUGGACCCCGCCAUCGGCGAGUUCAUCCUGACUGAGAAGAACGUGAAGAUCAAGCCGAAGGGGAAGAUCUACAGUCUUAACGAGGGAUACGCAAAGUACUUCCACCCGUCCAUCAACGAGUACCUCAAGCACAAGAAGUACCCCGAGGAUGGCAGCGCUCCCUACGGAGCUCGUUAUGUGGGCUCUAUGGUGUCAGACGUUCACCGCACCAUCGCCUACGGAGGGAUCUUCUUGUACCCCGCCAACGAGAAGAGCCCCAAGGGAAAGCUGCGGUUGUUGUACGAGUGCAACCCCAUCGCCUUCCUCAUCGAGCAGGCGGGAGGCAUCGCCUCCACCGGCACCCAGAGGGUCCUGGACAUCCAGCCCGAGGGCCUCCACCAGCGGGUGCCCUUCGUGGUCGGCUCCCCCGAUGACGUCAACGAGUUCCUGACCUUUGUCAAGAAGCACCAGUAAUUUACUUUAAAUGUUUCGCUGAGAGGCCAGACUUUUGUUUCGAUCAUUGUUUUGCAAUUUACUAUAAAAAUGUUUGAGUUGUCAAAUGUCUUGAUGGAUCAUAGAAAAAUAUUUGAAUAUAAUAAUAUCAAAUAUAACAAUAUUUUUGUAUGGUUGCAGAAAAUGACAAAUUGUUACUUAAUGAGGUUUUAAGUGUCCUUACAUUUCAGCUUGUCCUUGUAUCUCGACAUUUAAGUCAUUAAACUAAACAUUUUUCAAAA